AAAAUCGUGUUUUGUCUUUGGUAAAGCGCAAUUUAUCACAUGGUGCUGUGCGAAGUGUAGAACGUGAAAUUGUUCGACUGUGGGUAAAGUAAGAUUUGUCAAUAGUCUUAAAUUGUUGUGGUAUCUUUGAUGUGUUAAUGAAUUUGGGCCGAUUCUGUCCAAAGAUUUUGAGACUAGAUAGAGCGAAUUUUGCACGAGUUUUUCCGCACGUGAUUCAACGAUUCACAUCGAAAGCUAUGUCUCUGACGAAAGUGUUUUUUGACAUGGAGGUGGACAACAAACGCCUGGGGCGCAUCGUCAUGGAGCUGAGGAACGACCUAGUGCCGAAGACGUCCGAGAACUUCCGCGCCCUCUGUACCGGUGAAAAGGGGUUCGGCUAUAAGGGAUCGAGUUUUCACAGGGUCAUCCCCAAUUUUAUGUGCCAAGGGGGUGAUUUCACCCAGCACAACGGAACCGGAGGCAAGUCCAUAUACGGGACGAACUUCGAAGACGAAAAUUUCAAUCUGAAGCAUCUCGGUCCCGGGACGCUUUCGAUGGCCAACGCCGGCCCAAAUACAAACGGCAGCCAAUUUUUCAUCACAACGACGAAAACGAGCUGGCUCGACGGAAAGCACGUCGUUUUCGGAAAAGUCGUCGAGGGAAUGGACGUGGUUAAAACCAUCGAAGGGUUUGGCUCACAAAACGGCCAACCUUCCAAAAAGGUUCUCAUCUCAAACUGUGGACAAUUAACAUAAUCUCCGAUGAUGUGAUUAAACGUUUUCAGUUUUCUUUUCUUUUUUCUUAAUAAAAGUACAAUUUUCUCUA